AUGGAAAAUAUUCCUUAUGCAUCUUUUGUCGGAAGCUUAAUGUAUGCUCAAACCUGUACGAGACCAGACAUUAGUUUUGCAGUUGGAAUGCUCGAAGAAUACCAAAGUAAUCCUAAAAUGGAGCAUUGGAAAGCUGCAAAGAAGGUUUUAAGAUGCUUGAAAGGACCAAGACACUAUAUGCUCACGUAUCGAAAGUUUGAUCUGUUGGAGGUGAUUGGUUACUCCGACUCAGAUUUUUCUGGUUGUGUUGAUAGUCGAAAGUCAACUUUUGGUUACUUGUUCCUAUUAGAUGGAAGAGCAAUAUCAUGA